AUGGCGGGGUUGCGGGACGAUCAAAUAGAGGAACAGUUAAAACAAUUAUUCGGCUUGGAAAAUCCUGAAGAGUCUGAAGAUAACUAUGAAGAAGAUGAUUUCAGUCGUAACUCCUAUUUACAGCAAUUACUUGAGACAUCAGUAAAUAAUGAGUCUGAACACUCUGUUACACCAUCUAACACUAUUAAUUCUCCAGCUUCAGAAACCCAAGCGGUCGACAAUGCUGAGCCAUCGUGUUCUGAUGUGUCUCCAACGGAAUUUACAAGCCUUUCUCUUCAGUCUACUGUAACAAACUGCAGUAGCGAAGAUGAUGAUGACACUUCCAUAACACGCCGCCAUCACCGAAGCGGAGUAAGAAUUUCGAGCACUUCUGAAUCUGAUUCGGAAUCCAAUCAAGAUGAAGAGGAAUGGAAGAAGGUAAUGUGGAGUACUGAGAGGCCUAAUUCAGAAAGAUUUUCUGACAUUCUAUUAAAGCCGUCAGUAUUUUUUCCUAGCCGUACAAGUCCACUGGCAUACUUUUCCAGAUUUUUUUCUGAUGAUAUUUUAGAAUUAAUAAUGGAACAAACAAAUUUGUAUGCCACACAGCAAAGAACCAAGCAUUGGGAACCAGUGACCGUGAUGGACAUUAGAAUGGUGCUAGGUAUAAUAAUAAUGAUGGGAUUACAUAAUGUUCCUACUUGGGACUUAUACUGGUCCACUGAUCCCUUUUUUCGAGUUGAUGAAAUUGCAUCUGUCAUGACUUGCAAAAAAUUCAAAAAAAUCAUGGAAAAUCUUCAUUUAGCUGACAACUCGAUAAUGCCUAGUAGAAAUGACCCCCAGUAUGAUAAAUUAUAUAAAGUGCGCCCAUUAUUAGAUAUGAUGAAUAAUGCUUGUGAAAGAGAAGCCAGAUCUACGACUAGUCAGUCUAUUGAUGAAGCUAUGAUAAAAUUUAAAGGCACAUCAUCAUUAAAACAGUACAUGCCGCUCAAGCCAAUAAAACGUGGAUUUAAAGUUUGGGUGAGAGCCGAUAGUGCCACUGGUUAUGUAUAUCAGUUUGAAAUUUAUACUGGAAAAAGUAGUGACAACAGUCCCGAGUUGGGCUUAGGUGCUAAUGUAGUGAAAAAAAUUAACCACCCCUCUAAUUGA